AUACAUUGUGCAAUUUAAAGUUAACUUUAUCGUAUAUAUUUUUUGAUAUCUUUCACUAAUAAGAUUCUCAUUGAAGAACAAUUUGAUCACAAAUUUAAAAGAAAUUUUAAAGUGUAUUAAAAUGAGGCUGGUAGAUACAACGAAACUUUUGGAAUUACAAAACAAACCUUCAAAUGUGCGAAACAUUUGUAUUGUAGCACACGUGGACCACGGGAAAACAACCCUGGCUGAUUCCUUAAUAUCUAGUAAUGGUAUAAUAUCCCAGAGAAUGUCAGGAAAACUAAGAUACAUGGAUAGUAGACCCGACGAGCAGGAGAGAGGUAUUACUAUGAAAAGUAGCAGCAUUUCUCUGUACCAUGUUUCAGAAAAGGAAGAAUACCUUGUAAAUCUGAUAGAUUCACCUGGACACAUAGAUUUUUCUAGUGAAGUCUCUACAGCUGUGAGAUUAUGUGAUGGAGCAAUUGUUGUGGUGGAUGUAGUUGAAGGUGUUUGCCCACAAACAAGAUUAGCUCUAAAACAAGCAUAUUCAGAGAAUAUUAAAGCAGUACUGGUGUUAAAUAAAAUAGAUAGACUUAUAUUGGAGAUGAAAAUGAAUGCACUGGAUGCUUACAUUCAUAUAAGCCAAGUUUUAGAACAAGUUAAUGCUAUUAUGGGGGAAUUAUUUGCCUCGGAUGUAUUAAAAACUGAAGAAAAUAUGAUUGACAGAAAGCAACAAGGAGAUAUUUCCAUGACAACGCAAUUAGAAGACAAUAAUUAUUAUGAUUGGACAUCAGCUUUAGAAGAUGCUGAUGAUUCUAUGUUAUAUUUUUCACCGGAACAAGGAAAUGUUGUGUUUGCAAGCGCUAUUGAUGGCUGGGGAUUUAGUAUACAUACAUUUGCUAAAUUAUUUUCUAAUAAACUUGGUGUUAAGGAAGAAAUUCUUAAAAAAGUUUUAUGGGGAGAUUUUUAUUUGAAUCCUAAAACGAAGCGUUUUAUGAAAGGCGCACAGGAGAAAGCGAAGAAGCCUUUAUUUGUACAGGUCAUUUUUGAUAACUUAUGGAAUGUUUACGAAACUAUUGUUUUGAGAAAUGAGAAAGAUAAAGUUCCCGUAAUUUGUGAAAAAUUAAAUAUUAAACUUACAACUCGAGACUUGAGACACACGGAUAGUAGAAUUCAACUGCAGUCAUUAAUGAUGCAGUGGCUACCUCUAUCGACCGUAGUGUUAAACAUGGUCUGUAAAAUGUUACCAUCCCCAAAAGAAAUAUUACCAGAAAGAAUAGAGAAAUUAAUGUGCUCCCCAAUAAGGGAUUUUGAUUCUUAUAGUUUGGAAACGAAAAAUCUUAAAGAUGACUUUUUAGCCUGUGAUAGCAGUGAAGAUAGACCUGUGAUUAUUUUUGUAUCAAAAAUGUUUAGUGUGGACAAAAACGUUUUGCCAGAAAAUAAACCAAAAGCGUUAACGUUGGAAGAAAUGGCUGCGAGAAGAGAGCGAGCUCGACAAAUGCGACAAGAGAAACAGAACGCUACAGAUUUAGAAACAGUUAAUGAGAACGAAACGAAACUAGAAAAUGACGGUAGUGUUGAAAAAUGUGUUGAAGACGAGAGUGAAAAGGAAAGUGAAGAUCAACCAGCAUUUAUAGCAUUUGCUAGAAUUUUUAGUGGUAAAGUUAAAAAGGGCAGCACUAUUUAUGUUUUAGGUCCUAAACAUGAUCCUAAUAAAGUUCUUAAUUUGAUAGACUUGAAAAUUGAUGCCAAUAAGAAACUGAAAGACUUACAAAGUGAUGAACAUAUUACUAUAGCUCAAAUAAAAUCAUUGUAUAUUUUGAUGGGAAGGGAAUUGGAAGAAAUAGAAGAAGGAGUUGCUGGGAAUAUAAUAGGUAUCGGUGGGUUAGAUGAAUACGUACUUAAAACAGCAACAUUAAGCAGUACAAUAGCGUGUCCAGCUUUCUGUGAGAUCCAGUAUGCAGCAGUACCAAUAUUGAGAGUCGCCGUCGAACCUGCAUACCCUUCCCAACUACCUCAACUUGUCAAAGGUCUAAAGCUUUUAAAUCAAUCAGAUCCAUGUGUACAAGUACUUCUACAAGAAUCAGGCGAACACGUAUUAGUUACAGCUGGCGAAGUGCAUCUGCAGAGAUGUUUAGAAGACUUAAAAAAUAUUUAUGCAAAAAUACCACUAUCUGUCUCAGAACCUAUUGUACCGUUCAGAGAAACUAUAAUUGAACCGCCGAAAAUAGAUAUGGCGAAUGAAGAAAUAGAUUCACAAAAUAUAAACAAAGGAAAUGAGAUUAUUAGUGAUCCAUACAUAACUAUGUAUACUAGUAAUAAACAGAGUAAAAUAAAAAUAAGAGCAAAACCAUUACCAAAAGAAAUAACGGCUUUGUUAGAAAAAUCAGCUGAUUUACUAAAAGCUAUAUCUCAACAUAUAAAAUCAUUACAAGGCGUUUCAAAAAAUGACAAUUUAGAAAACAAAUUAGAUAAAAUGCAACUGAAUGGAACGAAAAAUUCACUAUCGGAACGAAUGGUUAAGCUAAUUGAAAUAUUCAAAUUUGAACUGCAAACAAUCUGUUCGAAAUUGGGCCCCGAAUGGGAAAACGUAGUGGAACAAAUAUGGUCAGUCGGUCCUAGAAAUUGUGGUCCCAAUCUACUUUUGAAUCAAACGACUGAUUACAAAACGAAGUUUUUACUACACGAAAAAGAUAUAAAAGAGGAUCCUAGAUUUGAAUACGAGGGCAGUUUUGUGAAUGGAUUCCAAUUGGCCACACUCGCGGGUCCAUUGUGUGAGGAACCAAUGAUGGGUGUUGCGUUUUGUGUAGAUGAGUGGACGUUAGAGAAAAACGAUCAAGAUGAUGUUAAUCACACAUUUGGACCACUUUCAGGUCAAAUUAUAUCAGCGGUGAAAGAAGCAUGUCGGAAGGCAUUCCAAGCCCAGCCUCAACGUUUGAUGGCUGCCAUGUACUCGUGUGACAUCGUCGUCGAUCAGAAGGUCUUGGGUAAGCUAUACGGCGCUCUGGGGCGUCGCGGAGGGCGCGUGGUGGGCGGAGACCUUCAGAGUGGUUCUGCGGCGUUCCGCGUGGCGGCGCUGCUGCCCGUCGCAGAGAGCUUUCGGUUCGCCAUCGACCUGCGCACGCACACCUCCGGCCUCGCAGCACCACAGCUGCUCUUCAGCCAUUGGGAGGUGAUCAACAUCGAUCCAUUCUGGCAGCCGCGUACUGACGAGGAAUACUUACACUGGGGUGAGAAAUGGGACGGCGUCAAUCGCGCCAAAGCGUACGUUGACAUGGUGCGAGCGCGCAAAGGACUCGCCACAGACAGACAGCUCGUGUUACACGCUGAGAAGCAGAGGACGCUCUCUAAGAAGAAAUAACUCGUACGAAUAUAACAAUAUUCGAAGUAAUAAUUAUCAUAUUACGAAAUUGGACUAUUUUUCCAGUUCAGAUAUGUCACCACAGCCGUAACUACAGUAUAA